AUGCGUUCUCAAUCGUCGCUAAGCAUUAUGCGUGUUUUUGCUCUGAUCGCGACUUUGUUUACUUCAUCCUUCUUCGCUCAUGCAUUUUCCUCCAACUAUGCUCCUAUAGGCAUUUCUUUACCUGCUUUCACGAAAGAAUGUCUCUACUAUGAUUUGUUCUCUGAUGAGGAUGUGCUCGUGGUCAAUUAUCAAGUCUUGACUGGUGGGAACUUUGAGAUAGAUUUCGACAUUACCGCCCCUGAUGGCACUGUCAUUGUUACUGAAAGGCAAAAGAAACACUCUGAUUUUUUACUGAAGUCGUUUGGUGUGGGCAAAUAUACAUUCUGUUUGAGUAAUAACUAUGGUACUUCCCCAAAAAAAGUUGAAAUAACUCUAGAAAAAGAAAAGGAAACUGUUUCCUCUCAAGAAAGGAAAGAGGAUAUUAUCGCCAAUAAUGCCAUCGAAGAAAUCGACAGAAACCUGAAUAAGAUCAUGAAAACGAUGGACUACUUAAGGGCUAGAGAAUGGAGAAACAUGUACACAGUAAGCUCUACAGAUUCAAGGUUAACGUGGCUAUCAUUAUUAAUUAUGGGAGUAAUGGUCGGUAUUAGUAUAGUGCAAGCUUUGAUUAUUCAAUUUUUUUUUAAUAGUCGCCAAAAAAACUAUGUAUAA